AUGCUAAAGCAACUACUUCAAGGGCAAGCUGAUGGGGUAGUGGACACAAGCAAGAAGCUAGCUGAAAUAAACUCUAAGAUCGAGAACCUCAACACAAGGGUUUACUCUCUGGAGAAUCAUGCUUCUUCUGUUGCUGCUGCUACAAAGCAAGGACAACUACCUGGUAAAGCUAUUCAGAACCCCAAGGAACAGUGCAAGGUCAUCUUCACUCAAGAAGGACUUGUUGAAGAAGAGGAUCAAGAAAGGGUCAUUGAAGAUUUUUGUUUACUGCUGAAUGAUGAAGAGAUUGUUGCUGCUGAGGCUCCUGGAGUCCAGAUUGAUCAACCAGAAGUGCAUGCACCUACUGUGGCCAUUCACACUUCACCAGUUGAGCUCGCACGACAAGCUCGAUCGGCAGCUCGAUCGAGUCCAACUCUAGCUCGAUCGAGUCCGACCUCUUCUGUCCAAACCUGUUUUGCUUGA